UGCGAUUGGCUAGCUCGGAGGCCAAGAUCCCGCCCCAUCCCUGCCAACAGGGUGCGCGAGCGGACCUGGAGGCGUCGCUACGGUUGAAAGCAAACACAGCGCUCCGAUUGGCUUUAGGGUGGAAAAGGAAAGAAGGUUGGGCGGGGCUUGAGUAGCGAUUGACUGCCUUCAGUUCAGGCGGGGGAAAAAAUAGCCCUCGUCUUCAGGUGCUUCUUUGUCGAGAGUGCCUGUUGGUGCUUUCCUCGCCUCGGAGGGUCGCGCGCUCGCCUUCUCGCUCUUUGUCUGAUUGGUGCACCAGAGCGACGUUGGUGUCGUCACUCCCUUGGGAACGUCGCUUGAGUGUGAGUAGAUCUGAGGCAGUGGUUGAGUAUGCUUUUCCAUAUUGACUCCAAUAGCUAAGGAAAUCCUGAUAAGCACAAACUGCUAUGGAACCCCCAGUUCAUUGCAUAGGAUUCUGGCACAUAUUAUAAGAUAAUUCUGGGAGCACAUGAAUGGCAGACAUCUCUUGGUUGCCUCUGUAAUUUCUGUCCAGAACUCCAACUUUGUGUAUCCUUCAUGUCAAAACUGCUUUUCCAAGCUAUUCAUAGAUUUGAAGAGGUACAGCUGCCCGAAGUGCGGCUGUUCAGGUGACACGAAGGAAGCAAGUUACAGGUAUCGACUCUCACUAGAGGUAGCCAACACUCAUGAUGUGUUUGAAGUGACGGUAUUUGGAAGCUGUUUAGAUGCUUACUUUGGAGUCACAGCAAAGGGCCUACAAAGGUACAUUGAACAACUGAGCCAAGAAGCAAGAGAACCAGACAGGGAUGCAAUUCUGGGUGUGGUUUUUCAAGCAGUUGAAACUUGCUUCCUUGGAAAGAAAUUUGUCUUUGGUGUUAAGAAUUCUAAUAAGCCAGAUGGCACCAGCUCCUUGCAAAAUGGCUGCCAAAUUGACAAGUACCCCAAAGCUCUCACUGCCUGUCAGAUGUUUGUACCAAACCCUGGGCUUGUGGGCUGCACAGUUUUCCAUUACCUCCAGCAGCACCAAUGUUCUCAUUUCAAGCUCAACCGUGGGGGCUUCUGGCCUCCUGAUCUCUUCAUGUCAUUUGAUCAACCAAGCAGGGAGCGCAGUAGUUUACACAACCUUGACACCUUGUGCACAGUUCCAUCACGUCGUGUAAGUGGCCUUUCAAGUUUCUGGCCUCAAUCUUUUGGACUGACUUCCUCCUCUGUUUCUUCAGGAGCAACGGCUGAUCUUAUAGCUCUAUGUUCAAGUAAUGCUGCCUGUAAUGUGCAAAAAUCAGAAGAUAGGCCACUUUCUCUGCAUAGCCAGUCAGUCUGCAAGCCCCAGGAUCAUAACCUGAAGGUGAAUAAGAAAAGAGAACAUGAAGAGAAGAAAUUUCAUUUGCGCCGUAUCGCCAAAAAGAGUGAAUCAGAAAGCUAUUCCCUAUUAGGAAGAGAAGAUUGUAGAUCUUUGCAGAGCCUAUUAGAUGGGAAAGGCUCUUUCAGCAAAAUUAGCAUCCAACAUAGCUAUAGGCUGGAAAAAUCAUGGAACCCUUUACCCCCUCAGAGACACGAUGGUUCUGUUUUUCCCUGUACCCAAUCUUUUAGUGAUGUUAAUGUAGGUGGAAACUCGCAAGAGGUCUCAUGGCUUUGGGAUGAGCUGCCCUCAUCUGAAAGUUUCAAUGAAUUCAUUGCCAAAAUCGAAAAUCACAAAGACAUGGUGUUGCCAACAACGCAUGAUGCUUGGGAGCAUUUCCCUAGUAAGGGGAUUGAGGAAUUCCAUCGUCCUUUUAACCAGUCAUCUCCCAAGCCAGGCAUUUUCAGUACUAAUUUCAUUAUUGGAGACCCGGAUGAGAAGUUGCAGAAGCUAGCUGAGAGGGUAGAAGUGUGCAAAGAAGGUAAUUUCUCUUGUCACCAGCUAAACCUGACCUCCUUCAGUAGCAAGGAAUCUCACCAAGAGGCCUCUUUAUCUACUGAAGAAAAGGAAAAAUGGGGAUGUUGGUCUAGCCAGCACCCAAAUCGCUUGCAUUGGUCCUCCCCAGCUAGAGUUAAACCCCAUUCAAAUGGAAGCUGUCUGUCAUCUAAGGAAGGAGUUGACCAAGAUGUAAGUAGUUCCAAGAAUCUCCAUUCCUGCUCUUCCUUAAAGUCUACCAGCAACUGUCGAGAAAGCCCUUGUCUACAAACCGGGGAGACCACUGCUCACUUAAACUGUAAAGGUGAUAGUAAUUUAGCCAAAUGGGAAAAUAAAAGAAGUUCUAGCUAUCACAUAAACCAAACAGCUGAUCUCACAAACAUCCAGGAACAGGGUUUCACCUUGGUGACUUAUGAAAAAUCAAACAAAGUUUGUGACAAAGAGAGAAAGCUGCUCCCAAAGGUGAAAAAAUAUAAUUCUAGAAGGGGUGAUAGCAGCAGUGUGCUACAGGGCUAUUCCGAUUGCCCAGAGGGUAGUUACAAUGCUUCAGCUGAUCUCUUUGAUUUUAAUGCCAGUGGCGUAGAAGCCACUGAACAAAUGUUCAGCUCUGCCCAUGCUUUCUUGGCACAGGAGGGCACACUGACCAAAAAGUGUGUAAGAGCUGAAUGCGUGCUGAGUGAGCAAGACAUUAGCUGGAAUACUUCUUGGUAUGGAGCAUACUUACACAACAUGUUCACUACUCCUCAACAAAAAACAAGUACUCCAGUUUCUGGUUCAGUAUCUGAAUGGGAGCGCAGUUUUGCAGGUACUCCAGACUUUGUGCCUAAUUCCCAGUCCACUCCCCUUUCCAGAACUUGUCAACAAAUAAGGCUCUCUAGAGGGAAGGAAUCCAUUUUUAGCGAAUUGCCACUGAAUAAAUUGUGUUGGAUCAAUGCCAAACGUAAGAGGCCCAGGCCUUCCUUGAAAAAUCCUUUAAUAAAACAGCUUGUCAGCAAGUUCCUGCAAUCUAGAAGGUCAAGGAAUGCAAACUGUGCUACCACCAAUGUAUCUGAUCCUCAGCAGUUAUUUAUCAAAGACAGCCCAGCCCAGGGGCUAUCUGAAAAUGAUGGCAAAGAAUGGAUUCCUCCAUCUCAGAAAAAAAUGAUACAUUCACUUGCUUUCCAGAAUGGAAAAACGUUGAGGAGCAAUGCUGACUGCCAAGUUGUAGAGAAGUCUCCUCUGUCCAAAAACAAAAUAAGUUGUGGGAUUCCAAAGUGUACUAUUAGUUUCGCUCCUCAAAGACAGCAGCCAGUAGAGAAUGGACCCAUUUGUGAAGAUGAUGUUAAUCCCCAUCAGCAAAUGAAUGAAUCCCCUGUUUCCUGUGCUUUUGCAGAUGUCAAUGGGUCAAACCUGUCUUCCACACCUUGUUGUGUGCAUAACACUGCAGAUUGGUCUUCUGAACUGUUCACACAGUAAACAGCCAGCUCUCCUGUAUGGAGGCCAUUUUGUCAAAUCCAUCCAUUUGCAUGUGAAUUUCCUUUUGAAACAUCCUUUUGAUGCAUUUUCAAUAAUGAGGAAUUUUCUGAAGUGAUUAUGAAACAGGAAAGGGCUAUUUUUUUAAGGGGGGGGACUGCAAACACAUUGUAUUCAUAUUCCCCUUGGCACUUUUGAACAAUGAAUUAUGCCUCCUUGACUGAGCAUUAAAUGACUGUUUCCUAGAAGAUAAAAUAAAA